AUGUUAUCUUAUUUUGAGGAUUUGCCGGAGAAAGAGGAUCUGCUGCAGGAUUCGGACUGCUGCGGCAAUGGCUGCACCAACUGCAUCCUUGACAACAAGCCGCGGCCGAGCGAACGCGUCCUGCUGGCGGGCAAACGCAACGUGAUCCUGAGCUACACGAAGUUUCGUCUGUUGCGACGGCAAACUCUGGAAUCUGGAUCCGAUGGACAGGUGCUGCUCCUGCACUUUGCCCACGCGGCGGAGGAGGAUGGCGAGGGAGCGGAGGACACGGUGCUUGACAUUCCACCGGGUCACCAUGUGAUGAUGCGCGUCGGCUCCCUGCUGCGACCAUAUUCGCCCUAUUGGAGCGACUUUGUGGCCAAAGAGUUUCGCAUUCUGGUGAAGCUACAACCGGAGGGACCAAUGUCACGGCACCUGCAAGCUGUGCAGCCCAACGAUCUGCUCGAAUUCCGUGGUCCCAUCGGGCAAUACGUACACGAACCACAGCCGGCCAAGUGCAUCUAUAUUAUCGCCCAGGGAGUUGCUAUUGCACCCACUCUGCCGCUGGUGCGGCAGGUGCUGGACAACGAGGACGAUAUGAGUCGCCUGUGGCAUUUGGUGUGCGCUCGCGACCUACAGCAUGUAUACUUUCGCGAGGAGAUGCUUGAGUUCGCUCAGUUCUGGAACUACAGGAGCUGCCUCUACCUGCCGCAUCAGCAGUGCGACUCGCCCGCUUGCCAGGAGGCGGGACACUGCGCCCAGGAGUGCCCUCAGCUGCGGAACACUCUUCGCUACAAGGAGACGGCAAAGGUGUCCCGAUUAGAUGCCUCUGAACUGGGCAACCACCUCAAUUCCGCGAUUCCCGGACAGCGCGUUCUCAUCGUGGCUGGCGAUUCCAGGUUUCAAAAGAUCAUGGCCCAGUUGGCAACGCAAUCAUUGGACGUAGAUCCGGCUAACAUAUAUAUGUUGUAAAUGCGAGGAAAAAUUUAAGGUGCUAUUAAAUAUUUUAAUAAU